CCUUUGUUUUAUAUAAUAAUGUUCGCCUUCGCAAUACCUAUUAAUAACGGUUUAAUAGUGAAGUUUAACGCUGUCUCAACGAAAGAAGAAAAACAGUCCAAAACGUAUGGAGCAGUUUUAACUAAAACUUCACAAGAUUUUAAACCCGAAGCGAAUAGUGAAAUACACUCUCAAGAAAUUUACCCACAAGCCACAGAAUUUGGAACGGGUAGCACGAAUCAAAUUGCGAAAAUUCUAUUUCCCUCAAGAGCUUAUAGAUUCAAUGAAUCUAAAUCGCAAGCUGACACAAAUUUUAUCAAAAUACCUAUUAUCGAACAGCACGUUAGAGAUUAUAAAGUUAUUGUGGCUAACGCACCGAAGAACUUUAGAAUCGGUAGUGGUCCUGAUUCGCUGCCGAUUGUUAUUUACAUCGUUUUUCCAAAUGACGAACCCGAGGAACUUUCUUUUGGAAUGCCUGCUAUCUAUUUUGUAAAAAAAUUUAAUGGAUUACCUUUGCAUAAAAAUGAUAAUGUUGAUCCUUUAUUUAUAAUUGAUACCAAUCGAACCGUUACUGGAUUGAAAAGUACUGAAAUAUUUAAAUAUGUAAAGUUCAAAAACCAACUUACAGACCGCAUUUAUAAAGCGAUGCAUCGAUAA